AUGCCUAUCGCACAGUUGGCAGAAAGUGAAUCCAUUAGUGAUUCUGCAAAAUCAAAAACAUUUGUUUUCAGUGAUGAAGGGCAUACCUUAGGAAAUGCUUUGAGAUGUGUGAUUUCUAGUUAUCCUGAUGUUCAAUUUUGUGGAUACACAGUUCCUCAUCCAGCAGAGGCCAAAAUGCAUUUCAGAAUACAAAUGCACAAAGGAAAAGCCAUUGAUGCUCUCAAGAGAGGAUUAGAUGACUUAGUUCAGGUGUGUGAUAUUACUUUGGAAAAGUUUGAUGAGGAACUUAAAACUUGUUGA